AUGGCAGAUGUUAUGAACGUCACCGGUAACUUUACCAAUGGAAGUGAAAACUUCUACGAUAAAUUGAAUACUCAAUCGGCUGGAUGGGUCGCCAUUGUGAUCUGCUCCAUCUGCUUUGGCACUAAUCUUAUUCCCGUGAAAAAAUUCAAGAUGGGUGAUGGUAUGGCCUUCCAGUGGUUGAUGUGCACUGGCAUCUUAUUCGUUGGUGUCGUUGUUCAGUUGGCAAUUGGAUCUGCAUAUCGCAUCCCCAAAUUCCAUCCUCUAGCCAUGCUCGGUGGAGCCUUGUGGGCCACCGGUAAUUCAAUGACUGUCGUCAUCAUUGAAGCCAUCGGCCUCGCUCUUGGCAUCCUUAUCUGGUCCAUCGCUAACAUGCUCAUGGGAUUCUUCUCAAGUCGAUUUGGAUUCGGUAUUCUCAUACCAAAAGAACCAAAGAACCCCACUCUCAACUACAUUGGUGUUGCCAUUGCAGUUGUGAGCAUCUCCCUGUACGCGUUCAUCAAACCAAACACCAGUGAAGAGAAGACUGAGGAUAACAAAGAAGAGGAUUUAGAGGAUUGCAAGAAGGAGGAAAAGUCCGCCUCCUUACUCAAAUUCGCCAAUUUUAGUAUCAGCCAACUUCCAGUCAGAAUGAAGAAAUUCGUAGGGUUCUUCCUCGCCAUUAUUGCUGGUUUCUUCUAUGGUACCAAUUUCAUGCCAGUAAUUUAUGUUCAACAACAGCCGGGCAACAGUCAAGCUGGUCUUGAUUACGUCUUUGCUCACUUUCUUGGUAUCUGGUUGACUUCCACCAUCAUCUUCGUCAUCUACGCCUUGGUUAAGAAGAACACACCCUGGUUGCCUUCAAACCAGGCCAUACUUCCAUCCCUCUUGAGUGGAAUUCUCUGGGCUAUUGCUCAGUCCUCCUGGUUUGUUGCCAAUGCCGCUCUUGGUGAGCCUGUCACUUUCCCAGUUGUGGCAACUUGUCCCGCUGUCAUUGCCACCGUCAUUAGUGUAGUUGUCUUCAAGGAAAUCACCGCAAGUUAUCACUACGGUAAGAAGAACUACAUCAUCCUUGGUUGCGCCAUUUGUGUUACCUUCGUGGGCAUCAUUAUCAAUGCCCUCUCCAUGAUCGAUUUCUCCUAA